UGGCGUAACACGUUCCAUCCUCUUCUCCAUCUUCUAACCGUGCUAAACCUCCAAAGUUCUGAGACUUGUCUUGAUUCCGACAGAGAGAAUCACCAUGGCAGCAGCGAAAGGAAGCAGCGACCGGAGAAGUGUAGGAGGAGCGUUGGAUGACGAGAAUCUUGUCUUCGAAACGACCAAAGGGAUCAAACAAAUAGCGAGUUUCGACGAGAUGGGGAUGAAUGAUAAAGUUCUUCGCGGAGUCUACGACUACGGUUUCAAGAAACCUUCUGAGAUUCAGCAGAGAGCUGUGAUGCCUAUCCUCAAAGGACGCGACGUCAUCGCUCAGGCUCAGUCCGGUACGGGCAAAACCUCCAUGAUUGCCAUCUCCGUCUGCCAAAUCGUCAACACUUCCUCCAGAAAGAUUCAAGUGUUGGUCUUGUCUCCAUCAAGGGAACUGGCUUCACAAACAGAGAAGACGAUACAGGCCAUUGGAGUACACACCAGUAUUCAGGCACAUGCCUGCAUCGGUGGUAAGAGCAUUGGAGAAGACAUCAAGAAGCUGGAGCGUGGUGUGCACGCUGUGUCCGGGACGCCUGGUCGAGUCUACGAUAUGAUAAAGAGAGGGAGUUUACAAACCAAAUCCGUCAAGCUUUUGAUCUUGGAUGAAUCAGAUGAAAUGCUGAGCAAAGGUUUGAAAGACCAGAUCUACGACGUUUACAGAUCUCUUCCACACGAUAUUCAGGUUUGCUUGAUAUCUGCUACUCUUCCUCAAGAGAUUCUGGAGAUGACAAAUAAGUUUAUGACGGACCCUGUGAGGAUACUUGUGAAGCGUGACGAGUUGACUCUUGAAGGGAUUAAACAAUAUUACGUUGAUGUUGGGGAAGAAGAGUGGAAGUUCGAUACACUUUGUGAUCUUUAUGGGAGGCUUGUUAUCAAUCAAGCAAUCAUCUUCUGUAACACAAGACAAAAGGUGGAUUGGCUAACUGAGAAGAUGAGGAGUAGUAACUUUAUAGUCUCGUCAAUGCAUGGAGACAAGCGUCAAAAGGAGAGAGACGAAAUCAUGAACCAGUUCCGGUCUUUUAAAAGCCGUGUUUUAAUCGCAUCAGAUGUAUGGGCACGAGGGAUUGAUGUUCAGACAGUUUCUCAUGUCGUAAACUAUGAUGUACCAAAUAACCCGGAGCUUUACAUACAUCGCAUUGGACGAGCUGGUCGGUUUGGGAGGGAAGGUGUUGCGAUUAACUUUGUGAAAAACUCUGACACGAAGACUCUUCGUGACAUUGAGAGGUACUACGGUACUAAAAUCCGGGAGAUGCCUGCUGAUCUUGCCUAAGGAUCUUGCUUCCUUGAAGCUGAGGAGGUUGAAGAAUCUGUGUUAAGGCCAGUUUUGUUCUUUUAACUUUUUGAACCUGUUGGUUUAGGCAUAGCUCUCUCUAUAGACAGUGUGAAUUUAUAUGUAUACCGAAGAAAGUUCCUAUAUUUAGCUAGCAUUUUAGAAAUUGUGAUGCUAGAGUUCGGUUUAGUUCGCAGAAUUGUUGGUUUGGUCUAAAGCCGGUUGAAAUGAUUCACGGCAACGGCUAUUUCAAAGGCUUGUUUACAU